UUUGGUUUGAAGAAGGCGGAGGCGGAGUUUUCCUGCUCGAACUUUGCAGACUUCUGUGCUUGAGAGGAUCAGAGCGCUUCAAGAAGCAAAGUGGAAAGAAAAAGGUGAGCUGAGGUGGUUCACUCUUGUCUUAAAGCCUGCCGUCAUGGCUCGGUACCUGAGCUAUUUCACCACUGUGGGCGAUAAGGAGCCGCUCCAGUGGGAGGAUGUAGAGCUGCACGCGGCCAGCGAGGAGCUGAGUCCAGCCACUGGCCAGUUUCCAACAACGCUGACCUUCAGGGAGUCAUUGCAAAGACUCUACAGCUCCGAACGGUUCCAGGUGUUGGUGGUGUGUUUGGUAGUCCUGGAUGCCAUCUUUGUUCUGGCGGAGGUGCUGAUAGAUCUGUCCAUCAUCAAUGUGAAACAUGGCCACAUUGCUCCAGAGGUGUUUCACUACCUGAGCCUGGCUCUUCUCACAUUCUUCAUGGUGGAGCUGUCUGGGAAGCUGUAUGCUUACCGUCUGGAGUUCUUCCAGCACAAGUUUGAGGUGUUUGAUGGUGUGGUGGUGGUGGUCUCCUUCGUGUUGGACAUCGCGGUCAUCUUCCUUGAAGAGGCCUUCACUGGGAUGAGUCUCCUCAUCCUGCUGCGACUCUGGAGGGUGGCGAGAAUUAUCAAUGGUAUCCUGGUUUCAGUGAAGACGCGUGCAGACCAGAAGGUCCACAAGCUGAAGGAGAGCUAUGACCACCUCGUUCAAAGAGUCACAGAGCUACAGGAGCGCAGUGAUAAACUGGAACAAGAGAACCAGAAACUUCAAGCUCUCCUGAAGAAGAACGGCAUAGACUCCUAACUCAUUGCGCUUACUGCUGUGGAGCUGUUGUUUAUUGUCAUUAUAUCACGUACCUUUCUGCACUCUUUUUAAACAGAACAUUCCAUGAUCAACUUAUAUUUUAAACCUAAUUUCAAUAUUCCUACUACUUUUUCACAGAUCCUUAAGCGUUGCUACAUUACCUGUAAAUCUUUUCUUUGAGUAACUGUAACAGUAAAUCCAUAUUCAGGUGUCCCGACAUUACACUGAUGGAAGCCAGGAAUGAAAGCCAGAUAUUCAGAUGCUACUGGAUGCUACUUUAUAAAGCUACAAGGCCGCUGCCUUAAUUUCACAGUAAAUAUUUGUAUCAUUCCUCACACUGAUGAACUGUACAUAAAGUUAAAUGUACAUCUGCUUUGUGAAAUUUAAAAGUACUUAACGUUGUGUAGAAAAAAAGAAAACACAAAGAUGUAAAUAAAUGAAUUGAUUUCAUUUAUUAAAAAAA